AUGGAGCUCCUCCAUCCAAAUCUGGCUUCUCCACCUUUGGCUAAUGCUAUUGCCGGUCCUCCUCUGGUCGCCGUUGAGGUUGAGUGUCAUUCCUCCGGCCCUGCUUCCCCGGAUUCAGUAAGCAAACCCAAAGUCGACGUUGCCUCUCCUCGGAAAUGGACCAGCGUCAUGUGUAAUUCCUCUCCCCUGGAAGAAAUUGGUACUCCUUCAGAGCAUAUCACCGGAGUUCCUUUCGUCUUGAUUCCAGAUGAGAAUAUUGAAGAGGCAAAAGAGGAAUUCAAGGAUUUCAUGGGAAGGAUUAUCGGUGUGGUCAAUGCACUGUGGGCUCGUAAUGGACCUCAAAUCUUUGUGCAUAAAGUCGGGUUCAGCUCUUAUCUCCUUCGGGUUCAGAAUCCCAGAACAAGGGCGAUUCUUCUCAGUCCUAGUGUUUGGAACAUCGCAGGUCAUCCUAUGUUUGUGUCUCCAUGGUCGUCUGAAUAUAAUCCGUAA